AGAGAAGGUGGAUGUUGGUGGCGAUUGGAGAGGCGGACUGCAGAGGCCGCCGACGGGAGGGCUUCUCGGGAGGGGAGAUGGCCGACGAGAUAAGUAAAGCCCGGGCGGCCUGUCCGGGCGGAGACACCAUUUUCGGGAAAAUCAUCCGCAAAGAGAUCCCAGCCAAGAUCAUCUUCGAGGAUGAGCGGUGCCUCGCGUUCCAUGAUGUGUCUCCACAAGCUCCAACCCAUUUCCUAGUGGUUCCCAAAAAGCCUAUCACUCAGUUAUCUCAAACAGAAGAUUCUGAUGAAGCUCUUCUGGGUCAUUUAAUGAUUGUGGGUAAGAAAUGUGCUGCUGAAUUGGGCCUGAACAAGGGAUACCGAAUGGUGGUGAAUGAAGGGCCAGAUGGUGGACAGUCUGUCUACCAUUUACAUCUACAUGUUCUUGGUGGUCGUCAGAUGGGUUGGCCUCCCGGUUAAGAUCAGAUUGGAUAAAAGAAUUGUGUUCAAUCCAUCUCCUGAAUAUAGUCAACAAAUGUUUGAAAUAUCCAACCACUAUAAUUGAGUUCUUCUGUUUAACUUGUCUCGUGGAAUAUAGAACUUUGUGCAAACGUUCUUCAAUAAAGUCACAGGCAUAUUCUA